UUUUAGAUUUGUGUGAUGAGGCUUGACCGUAUUAAUUCUUUUAAUCAGGAGGACAGUCGACCCAGAGGAUUUGAUCGUGGACUUGAAGCUGAAAGAAUUAUAGGGGCAACUGACUCCAGUGGAGAGUUGAUGUUCCUAAUGAAAUGGCGAGGGACAGAUGAAGCGGAUUUAGUACCAGCAAGGCAGGCAAAUGUUCGUUGUCCACAAGUCGUCAUCAAAUUCUAUGAAGAGAGGCUUACCUGGCACUCUUCAACCAAUGAUGAGGAAGAAGGCAAUCAUGAGGCUGAUUAGAUUUUAUUUUUUUAAUGUUAAGACCUCUCUUCUUCUUUCAAGUAGGCAGUUAUCUAAGGGAUCUUAAUGGACCUUAAUGAUGUACUAGUUAGUAUUUAGAUAUAAGUAGGAGAGUAAAGUACAUGUGUCUUCAUCAAUUUACUUUAAAGAAUAGGAGUAGGAUCAUCUGAUAAUCACUUACACCUGCGAGUUCCAGGAGUCAUUUUUAUAUAAAAUCAUAAUAUUGCUUUUCCUUAUUUUUGCAAGUAGAGAUUUUUUGUAAUAGGUCUGAAAAUAUUUUUUAUUUUCAAGUCAAGUGUGGAAUAUAGAUUGUACAACCAUUUCACUUAAGGGUCCAUGUCGUGUAAUUUUUUUGUUUCAGUGAUUGUAGAGUAAUUGGCUUGAGGGUUUUUUGUAAACCUGUGUAUUUGUUUUCCCCUUUCCACUUAUAUAUAGGUGUUGCAAAGUAAAUUUUUAUUUUAUAGUAUAAUUUUGUCUUCCCUUUUGAAAUCUAUAGUCAUACCAAUCUCAACUGUAAAACAAUAUGAAAUGUUACCAUGUAUAGUUUCCAUGUUUUGUUAGGUUGAUUAUUUUGCAUUUGUUCCUAAUGACCAUUUCCCAAGCAAGUAUGUGAGUGCAGGAAGCAUGUUUGUUUCUCUUGGUGCUCUGCUUUCCAGUGUUAAAAUUCCUUCCUCUUCCAUUAAAGAGAAAAUUUGGCCUACUCAAGGAAUUAGUCCCAUAAAAAGUAGGUGGCACUGAAACAAGUAUGCCUGGAAGUACCUCUCCAUAGAGAUGUUACUUAGAUGGAGAUAUAUAAUUUAUUUUACUAAAAAGUAAUCCAUGGAGCUUACUAGGCCAGGAAGUUAUUUUUUCUGUGCAAAUAUGCUGGAAAUGUAACUCACUCUUUUUUAUGUAAGGAAAGUGUAUGAUUUAACAAAGGAUUUGUGCAUUGAGCAUUUUAUGUGAAGUCCAUUGUUUUCAUUUCAUUGUACAGUUUGUUUUAUUGAAGAAAGAGUCUGCUAGAGUAACCGUCCUCUCCAUCGACAUGUUACAUCUAUUAUGGAGAGGUUCUAGUGUUUUAGUCCCCUUGUAGCCACAGUACAAAAGUGGUUCUCUAGUUGACAUCAUUAGUUUAUUGCUUGGAAAUAAAGUAGUUAGUCUCUCUA